AUGCGAAUAUUACGCCGCCCGGCGCUUGCGGCCUCAUGGACGUCUCCUACCUCACCUCAGCUGCGCAUAGUGCUUAUCUCGUCGCGGGGCAGCCCCAGCACGCGUGCAUACUCGACGCUCGCGGAGGAGUGCGGUGGCGACGGCGUUGAUGUUGCGGCGCAGAGCGAUACGAUACAGGAUGAGCAGCAGAGUAGACGCGCUCGGCUGCCGCGACUCCCCUUUCGAUUCGAGACGGGCAUCGGCGUCUUUGCGAAGCGCCCCCCACGCCCGUUUCCUCCUCCUUUUCUCUCCCGCCCCUCGGCCUCCUUCUCUGAUCCCCUCAGCACGCAUCGCGCCGUCGUCAACGGCGAACAAGUUCGGGGGCAUACCAACGGCGACGAUGCCAUUUACGCGAGCGACUACUUCAUCUGCGCCAACGACGGCGUAGGGGCUUGGGCGACUCGACCGCGCGGCCACGCUGGGCUAUGGGCUCGGCUUAUCCUCCAUUUUUGGUCGUCUGCGAUAGAGGAGGACAUGAUCAGUGCGGCGUCCCCCGCGCGCGGCGGCGAGGCGGGCCCCGAACCGCAUCCCAUCACCUCCCUCUCCACGGCUUACAAAAGAACACUCGAAGCGACAGAAGCGCACGACUGGCAGGGUACAACCACGGCAUGCGGCGCGCAGCUGCACUUUAAAGCGCCACCGGGAGCGCCCGACGGCCAAACCGUACCGCUCCUGUAUGUCACCAACCUCGGCGACUGUCAGGUCAUGGUGGUGCGCCCCAGCGACAAGUCGAUAAUCUUCAAGACCAAGGAGCAGUGGCACUGGUUCGACUGCCCCCGCCAGCUCGGCACCAACAGCCCCGACACACCCGAAGACAAUGCUGUCGUUGACCAGGUGGAGAUGCAGGUUGGCGACGUGGUACUGGCCAUGAGCGACGGCGUCAUCGACAACCUGUGGAGCCACGAGAUUGUGGAAAUUGUCGCGACGAGCAUUGACAGCUGGGAGAAAUCCACAGCUCCGGGUGCGCUUGAUUCGCGACGAGGGGGCCGUAAUGGUGGCAUGCUCCAGGCGGCCCAGGAUCUCGUCGCUGCGGCCCGGAACAUUGCGUCCGAUCCGUACGCGCAGAGUCCGUUCAUGGAGCACGCCAUUGAAGAAGGUCUUGCCAGCGAAGGAGGCAAGAUGGACGAUAUUAGCGUAGUCGCCGCUCUCUGUCUGGAUAACAGCCAGGAGCCGUGA